GGUGCGGGCAGCCGUGUGUCUGCAUGUGGGAAGUACGCAGACCUCUGCCGCCAGCGUACCGCAAGAGCAGCAACAACAACAACAAUUAUUGGUACUACUACUGUUAAUGCUAAUGAUGGACGGCCAAAGGCGGUGAUGGCUUAUUGGGGUAUGGGUAGUUGGGGUUCUGUAAAAGUAGAACAGGAUACGCAUUCUGUUGUAAAUAACAGGGAUCAACUGGCGAACAACAAACUCACUGAACCUGAAAACCACAUAAGGGAUACUCUUGGCGCUCUGAGAAAUGGAGAAGGAAGAGGACAGCAAGAGACCAAUGGACAAACGUCUGGUGUACACCCACAAGAUGGUCGUGCAGACGUUCAGGAGCCACGCAAUGAUAUUCCUUCGGAACAAGGUGCAAUACAUGGUGUUAAAGGAGAGGUACCAGAAUCAGGAACAAGUACAGUGACUGAAGAAACAGGAGUGAGUUCUACUACACAAGGUAAUCAAGGAGUUUCAAACACCAACCAGUCUGGUGCACCUGUUGCAACAGAAAGCCAAUCUCAACAGUCUAAUGCAGCUACAAUGGAUAACCAAGAAUCAUCGGAUAACACAGCUGAUAACAGUACAAUGGCCACCAGUACCACAAAUGGGACAGCAUCGACUAACGAUAGUUCAGGUAACAGUGUGACUGCCGCACCAGACUCACAAGAAACCAAUUCCACUACUCCGGCGAGCACCGAGAACACUGUCGAAGCACCAACUACAACCCCAUCUUCUGUACCUAUACCCGACACAGAGAUCACCACUGUUGCCUCCAUCGCACAGAAGAAGGCCAAUGUUGACAGCAGUAUCAGUCCUGUGUGGAUGCGCACUGCAGCACCGCUGCUGAUUGUGGCUGUGUUGCUCUCCGUUACCGUGUGCUGA